CCAAAAGAGAAGCAUUUUCAAGAAGAAUUCUUAAGUUCUAAACAAAACAAAAAAAAAAGCAUAAAAAUGGCUUCAUGGAAGAAAACAAUCGCAACACCAUUCAAGAAAGCGGCAACGUUCUUUAACAACCCGCAGCAAUCACCGCACAACCGCCACGCAAACGCAAAGGCGAGAGAAGAACAUGAGAGACGAACCGUGCAGGAGCUUCAAGGUGAUGUCAUGGCUUGUGGUUAUGAAGAUGUCCUCGUCAUGUGGUCAAUUCUUGACAAGUCAAACUCUUCUAACAAUCUCUCUUCUUGAUUAGAAUGAGAAAGUGUCCUCUUUCACGUAAUUACGUGAACAAAGGAAUCCGAAAUGU